GUUCACUUUUCCUUCCUCCCCACGAUUUUUCUCUCUCUUAUUUCCGCCUCCUUCUAAAACCUUUCCUAACCAAAUCCUACCUCCAUUCACAAUUCUCACAGAGCUCAAUAACAACACUCAGAGAUUUAAAUUCAAUAAUUAAUUAAAAAAUGGAGAAGAUUAAUGGCGGAAAUAAUUCAAAGAAAAUGAUGAACAACAACAACAAUGAUAAAGACUCUUUACAUGCUCUUUACAAAGUUCCUUCUGGUGAUGGACCUUAUGUUCGUGCUAAACAUGCCCAGUUAGUAGAAAAGGAGCCAGAAGCAGCAAUAGUGUUAUUUUGGAAGGCCAUAAACGCAGGGGAUAGAGUUGAUAGUGCACUCAAAGACAUGGCUGUUGUUAUGAAGCAACUCGAUCGAACCGAAGAGGCCAUCGAGGCUAUCAAGUCUUUUAGGGGCCUUUGCUCUCGUAAUGCUCAAGAAUCCCUCGACAAUGUCCUCAUCGAUUUGUAUAAGAAAUGUGGAAAAGUAGAUGAGCAAAUUGAUCUUCUAAGACAGAAGCUAAGAAUGAUAUAUCAAGGAGAAGCUUUCAAUGGAAAAGCAACUAAGACUGCCAGAUCUCACGGCAAGAAGUUUCAAGUCUCUAUCAAACAAGAAACCUCUAGGAUUCUGGGAAACUUGGGCUGGGCCUACAUGCAGAAGACAAACUAUAUGGCAGCAGAAGUAGUUUACAAAAAGGCCCAAAUGAUUGACCCAGAUGCAAAUAAGGCCUGCAACUUGGGCCUAUGUCUAAUAAAACAAGCCCGAUAUGAAGAUGCCCGUUUAGUUCUUGAAGAGGUACUAGAAUGCAAAAUUCCUGGGUCAGAAGAUAUAAGAUCAAGGAAUCGGGCCGAGGAAUUGUUGUUGGACUUAGAGUCUCGACAGCCUCCUCCUUUGUUGUCUAACAUUGUAACCCUUCAUUUGGAGGAUGAAUUUCUUAAUGGCCUUGAAGAUCUUGACUCUAUGUGGGCCCCAUUUAGACCUAGGAGACUUCCUGUUUUUGAGCAAAUUUCCAACUUUAAAGAUCAAUUAGCAUGUUAAACUGUCUUUUUAAGUUGAAGUAAGUAUCGUCUUUUUCGGACAAAACCCUGAGUUUGAUUCUUAUUAGUUUUUCUCUUGCUUAGCAUACUAUGUAAUCAAAAAAAUGUUUUUUUUUUAAUUAUUUUUUCCUUUUUUCUUUUUUAGCUUUAGUUGAGGGGUAUUUUAUAUUUAGAGGUGGGUGAAAAUAGGGGGAAAGGGUAUUGUUUUAAGGAUGCUUGUGUAAAAAAAAAAAUACAAGGAGUGUGAUAGGUGAAUAGAAAUAUGGGAUUGUUUAUAGAAAUGUAAUUCUAUGUUUUUAAAAUCUUUAAGUUCAUGUAUGUAUGUAUGUAUAUAUAUUAUUGUCAAAGAUGUUUGUGAAGCAAUAAUCAACUUUGUUA